GGUACAUAUAUACAUUUCAGAACUGUACAUGUAAUGCAAACGCUGAAAUGGUAUGCUAUACAAUAUCAUGCGCUAUUCCACGAUGUCUGUACGGUGAACCGGAAACACUGCCAGGGCAUUGCUGUCCAUCUUGUCCAGAUGACAGUUUAUCGAUGACAGACAAACCGGAUUUACCAACAAUCAGUAACUGUCCGACAAAUGUUUUGAGUGUUAAUGUCGCAGUCGCCAGCGAAUCUGCAAUUCUGACAAAAAGUAUAACUACAAUAAAUGCGUAUGAUUCCGACGGAAAUAAACUGAAGGUGAAGUAUCAACCAAAGAAAGUGUACCAUUGUCAGUGUUAUGACCCUAAGCCAAUCUAUGUCCUAGCUUAUACCGAGAAUGACCUAGGCGGCAUAGCAUCCUGCUCUUUCAAUAUUACUGUUAAAGAUCCAUACCCGCCGCGAGUUCAUAACUGUUCAAAGGAUAUCUAUGUCACAGAAAAAACCACAGUUCGGUGGAAUGAACCUUCAUUUGAAGAUAACGUUGGUAUUGGAAAAAUUUCUAGACCAGAUAUAGACCUGUCAGUUUAUAAAUUCACUUUUGGAGCUCAUCAUAUGACUUACCAAGUUUGGGACUUUGACGGCAACACUGCGUCAUGUGAAUUCAGCAUCUACGUGGAGAGAGGCCUGCCGAAGAUGAACAAUUGCCCAGCUGAGGCCGUACGUUUGAACACGUCAGUUUACACUAAUGUCGCCGUCGUCAAACAAAGAGCAGUAGGACUAGAUGCUUAUGACUUUGACAACAACAAGUUACUUGUGACGUAUCAACCUCAGACGAUAGAACAUUGUAAAUGUUCGGACGCUCAUAAAGUUACCUUUAAUGUUUCUGCAAUGGCUGAAGAUGACUAUGGGCAGGUUGUGAGUUGUAAUUUUACGGUAACUGUACGAGAUAUUAUCACGCCGAGAAUCUUGUUUUGUCCUAGCGAUAUCUAUGUCUUAGAAGGAGAUGUGGUCACGUGGAAAGAUGCAAUGUUUGUAGAUAAUGUAGGGAUUGCACAGACAUUUGUCAAUAUGGAGAAUGGGACAUCAUACCCUGUGGGAAGGCACACUGUAGUGUACGUUGUGAAGGAUUUUGACGGGAAUGAAGCAUAUUGCAGAUUUGAAAUCAUUGUAGACAAGGCAAAGCCGGAUCCACCCAAGAUACAAAAUUGUCCCGUGAACGUCGUGCAGUUGAACACAUCAUACAUGAGUGAUUAUGCCAUCGUCGAUUACUUUAAUACUGGUGGUAUAUCAGCGCAUGAUGAUAGUGGCAAUUACUUUGAGGUUCUUCAGAAAUUCGUUUAAGCCCGUCUCACACAGAACACGGUUGGGUACACGAUUCCCAAACGGCAUACUUGUUAUCACGGGUUAACUGGUACAAGUAUUGAGCUCCAGCCAUGCCUGAUGAUUAGUUGGUACGAGUUAGACUCGAAUGUUGCAAGAGCAUGUACGGAUAAAGCACUGAUAUAUUCGGUAAAGCAACGUUUGAACAAAAAUUUGCAUACAAAUACAUACGACUGUUGUACGGUUUAAAGUACGAUCUAGUAGGGUCUUGUUCGAUUUAACACGACGUUUACUCGAUUGACUUUCAUAGGGACCAGUUAUGCUCAAAGUAUCAAACCUUCGUGUAUGUUUUGAUACAAAUUGAUCCAUUUCGAUGACUUUUAAAAUAAAUUUUCGAAUUUUCAAUGAAGAAUUAUCUAUAUAUACAUCAGUUAUAUCAACAAAUUAAUAAAAGAUGAAGCAAUGUAAAACGUAUUUUUCCUUGGGUGCGGCGGUUGCUGGAGCGUCCACCAAGCUAGCAUCCGAGUCUGAAUUCACAGGAGACAGAGGUAGUGCCUGUGGCUCCUACAGCUCAUCAGGGUGGGCAGGUUGGAGUAGUCGGCGGGCCUUGAUGGCCCUUCUUGUAUUCCUCUGUGCGUCGGAAUCUACAUCUUUGGAUGCAUUCUAGUGUGAUGCAGCAAGAACUCCGGGUAGAUCUAGCAGUUGAGGGAGCAGGUAGUUGUGGUUUUCGUUGAACAGUUCGUGCGUACGUAGAGGCUGUGCUAGACCGUACGAGGCGUUGUGAGUCCGUGUAUACCCGUACUAAACCGUUUCUGUCAUGUAUGAUUCGUACUUUAACCGUAUUGGUCGUAUGGCGAUCGAAUGAAAUCGUGUGUGCACUCGUUUGAAUCAUACCAAGAUAUUGUGACAUUCCGGUGUUGGAUGUAGGACUUGGGGACGGUCUCGAACAAUUCCAUACGAUUUAUAUACGACCUUGACACGGUUGGGCUCACAUAUGAUUGUAUUUACGGUCUCAUACGGUCUCACACGGUCUCUGACGGUCUUGUACGGUCGCAUAUACGAUCAUACACGGACGUGACAUACGUACCAUUUC